AUGACAGACUCAAAUACAACUGCUUUCACCAACCCCUCCACCUUCAUCUUACUGGGUAUUCCUGGCCUGGAGGUAGCCCAUGUGUGGAUCUCCGUCCCCUUCUGCAUUAUGUACGCUAUAGUCAUGUUGGGAAAUGUUGCCAUCCUAUUUAUUGUGAAGAGGGAGUCCAGUCUCCAUGAGCCCAUGUACUAUUUCCUCUGUAUGCUGGCCAUCAGCGACUUGGUGCUGUCCACCUCCACCCUGCCCAAAAUACUGGCAAUGUUCUGGUUCAAUUCCAGGGAGAUUGAUUUCAGUGCCUGCCUUACUCAGAUGUUCUUCAUUCACGGCUUCACAGCGAUUGAAUCUGGGAUCUUCGUGGCCAUGGCUUUUGAUCGCUACGUGGCCAUCUGCCAUCCCUUGAGACAUUCCUCCAUCCUGACAAACUCCCUGGUGAUGAAGAUUGGUCUGGUCAUUCUGUUACGUGGAUGCAUCCUUGCACUGCCCUAUCCCUUCCUGGCAAGGCAGUGGCCAUAUUGCAGAACCAACAUCAUCAGCAGCUCUCAGUGUGAGAACUUGGCCGUGGUGAAACUGGCCUGUGCUGACACCCGCAUCAGUAGUUACUACGGCCUCUUUGUGCUGUCCUGUAGGAUCGGUCUGGACGUGUUUUUCAUCAUUCUGUCCUAUAUCCAGAUCCUCAGGACCAUCUUCAGCCUUCCCUCUAAGGAUGCCCGGCUCAAGACUUUCGCGACGUGUGGUUCACACAUCUGUGUCAUAUCAGCCUUUUACAUCCCAACUAUAUUUAGCUCCCUGGUAUCCCGUUUGGGUAGCAAUAUUCCCCUUCUUUAUGAAAUGUUCAUUUCCAAUACGUACCUCCUGGUUCCCCCCAUGCUGAACCCUAUUAUCUAUGGUGUGAGAACCAAACAGAUCUGGAACAGGCUGCGUUGGCUCUUUACUGAUAAAGGGACUAAAGUUUUCUCCCAAAAUGUGGGAUCUUAG